GACGUCAUUUGGCCGCCGCUGGUGACGUCACGCGGUCUGAUUCUGGUGACGUCACGGCCAGCUGCUGACAGCCGUUCGUCGGUAGCAGUAUGUUCUCCAAUCCGGCUUUCUAUGCUGACGAGGAGUCAGACGAGAUUGAGGGUGAGCGGCCUUCGGCUGCCUACAGGCUCUUCCACUGGAUCUGCUGUUGCGGCUGCAUCACCUACUGCGUCACGUCCCUGCAGAGCUGGCAGCAGCGCACUGCCAGAGACCGCAAGAAGCGCAGCAUCCGCGUGAUACGGGAUGACCCAGAGGACUCGGCGGCCGAGGAGCGCUCUCUGCUCGGCCGCACGCCCUCCCUCACCUCCUCUGGCUGCAGUUCGUCCUCGUCCCGGGACCUGAAGGCCGACCUGUACACGCAGAUCGAGCGGCGCCGCUCGGCGGGCCCGGUGCGGCCGCUCUCCUGCGGCGGCCAGGUGCCGUUCUGGCCGGGCGCGCCGCCCACGCCGCCGGCGGUCGGCACUCCGCGCACCCACGGCCUGCAGCCGCAGCUGUAUGAGGUGACCGAGGAGGCCGCCAGCGCCGGCCCUCAGCCCCCCGACCUCGGCCAGCUGCAGUUCAGCCUGGCCUACCGGCCGCAGCAGGGAGCGCUGCUGGUGCGCGUGCUGGAGGCUCGAGACCUGGUGGCACCGGCUCUGCGCGACAGCGCCGACCUGGCGCACUCCAACCCGUACGUGCGCGUGUGGCUGGCGCCCGGGCCGCGCCGCUGCCGCCAGACCAGGGUCCGCCGGCGCACGCAGAACCCGCGCUUCGACGAGACGUUCAGCUUCGAUGUCAGCGUGGCGGAGCUAGAGCGGGUGCGGCUGCACCUGCUGGUGAAGGACUUUGACAAGUUCUCGCGUCAGUGUGUGAUCGGUGAGGUGACGCUGCCGCUCGCGCAGCUGCAUGGGAUCUGCGGACAGCUGCUCUGGAGGCCUCUGGCGCCAUGUGUGCAGUACGAGGAGGACUGCGGGGACAUUCUUCUGACGAUGAACUACCUCCCGCGAGCCGGCCGACUCAAUGUCGACGUGGUGCGGUGUCGUCACCUACCCGCCGUCGACCUCAACGGAAGAACUGAUCCCUGUGUGCGAGUUUCGCUUGUUCUCGGAGAGAAGCACAUCAAAACAAAACGGACAACCUGCCACAAGAUGACCACCGAUCCGGUGUUUAACGAGCGCAUUAGUUUCAGUGUGAUGCCUGCCGAGGUGUCGGAAGUCACCCUAGUGCUGUCUGUGUGGGACGUGCGUGCUACUGCGGUCCGACAGGAGCCCAUCGCCAGACUGGCGUUCGGUCGACACUCUACCGGUCCGGAAGAGGUGGCCCACUGGUCCCACAUGAUCCGCGCCCAUCGCUCCGCAGGAACCCAGUGGCACAGACUGAAAACCUACACAUUCUGCCAUAAGGUAUCGCCAGCAUCUCGCAUAGUUCCAUGAAUCAGCGCUGGACGAAUGUCUCGCAUCGUUUCGUGAAUUAGUGCUGGCGACUCGCAUCAGAACACAUGCGUGAGAACAGAGCCGUCCCGCUCCAUCCACAGUGCGGCGGUGUCUCAGGUCGGGUCACCACUCGGGUCAGGUCAGGUCAGAGCGUGGCGUAGCGGGCUCUAGCGAACAUGCGAAGCAGCAUCUAGUGACAGCACCUGCUGUAUUUGCCACCUGAGACCCGGUCAGCCGGUAUGUGCGGACCGUCCAGUGUCGACACUCGCUAAGGGCGCCGACAGACAACCACACGUGUGACGUUCCCAGACGGGCAGCUCCGGUCGACAGAGGGUGCGUGGACUGUAUGUCUGUCAGCAGGCAGGCCGGGUGGCACCAGCUGGGCUCUGCCACUCCGCGCAGGGAACCACGAACUGUCUGCCAGCCCCAGCAGUCGUGGGCUGUAUUGGACUGCAUGGGGAGAGCCAUGACAACUGGCACCAGCCGAACUCCAACGUCGAGGAACAACGACUGUGUGCAUGGGAUGGGAUGGGGCCGGCAUAGAAAGAGUUACGAACUGGAUGCCACCGGCCGAGCUGUGAUGGAACAUGGAAGAGUUACGAACUAUGUAGGUGCCACUGGGUGAAUGUACUGAAUCGGACCGCAGUCAACUGACGCGUUUGUCAUUGCCUUGACACGUGACUGUCUUGGAAGUCAAGUUCUAGACUCAGUCAGGCACAGCGAUCUAACGCAUCGACAAGCAGUGUUUAUCCCGAACGGCUGACGAUAGCUGAUGUCAGUCAAAGACAGAUGAUAAAAGCGUCCACGAUCACUCACAUGCUCGCGCAAGUGAUGAUCUGUUACUCGUGAUAAGCGCUUAGUUAUAUGUGCAUCGAUCACACCUGCGCACUGGAGCCUGGCAUGUGGUCAGCGGUAUCACAAAAUGUGAAACGUUAUAAUGGAGUGUUCUAUGGAGGUGAACUAACUACAUUGGGCGUAACACAUUUGCGUGCUGCGUCACAAAGAUAAAUGAUGACCAUUCCCACCACCCGUGAUAGGCAAUGUUUAUGUAAUGCAGCAAAAGUCCCAAUUGCAAUAGUGGAAGAAGAUUAACAGCAGGUUCAGUAUCACGCCAAAUUUGUGAGGGGGUUUAAAUGCUGUAAUCGUGUUUGGAUAUAGUUGUUUGAGGAACUUAUCAGUAGUACGAUACGGACGAUACUUUUGGAAUCUAUAAGAACUCUGUGCGAUGCAAUACUCAGACCGUUGAAACAAAGUAUCUGGCGUUUAUCGUCACACAACAACUCUUUCCGACUGCAUCCACUCAAAAUGGGAUUUUCGCUGCAUCUAGUUAUCCCUCGCCCUGGCAGGGCAUUUUUCAU